UAAAAUGAAAUUUUAUUAUUGGUAGCAAUGCAUAGUGCUAUUUCAAAUUUAGUGAAUGAAAAUAACUAAUAAUAGAAUUUUAUAUUUAUAGAUAUUUAAUUGAAUAUAUUAUUGAGAAUAUUAAUGCAAACAUAAUAAUGAAUGAUAUAAUAAUAUUUAAAGAAAAACAUAUAAAUAUUACGGAUUCACAAGUAAAAGAUUUAUUGCAAAAUCAGAUUCAGUUAAUCGAUCAUGUUAAGAAUAAACAAAAUCAACAUUGCAAUGAAGAUGAAAUAAAAAUCAAAGAUUUAACAUUAAAAAUAACCUCUAUGCGAGAGAAUCUUCAAUCCAAAAAACAAACGUUGGAAUAUAAAAAUAAUCUUUUAUCUAAACAUUUGGAUCAUGUGACGGAGAUAAAAGAAGAAAAAGAUAAAUUUUUGAAAGAAUAUCAACUAUUAGAAUUGCAAAGAAAUAAACUCAAAAUAUGUAAGCGAAAUUUACAAGAUCAAGAAUUAUUAGAUAAAGGGAGAAGAAAAUUUUUAUUAUAUAAAGCAUUAACAGGAAUACGAUGGGAUUAUGAAAAACUUAAAGAAACUAUUACAGGAUAUAUAUUACAUAAAAAUUAUAUUCAUCAUUUUUCUUAUAUAAAUGAAGAGAAUACAAAAGAUAUAAAUAAUCUUUUAUGGCAAGAAAUAUAUAAAUCUAUAUUUCAAAAAGAGAAUAAUGAAAUAUGUAAUAAAGAAAAUAUUGUAGAAAAUAAAGAACUAUAA